CAAAGCUGGCACGUGUCUCCCAUCCCUCUUUGCUCUUGAGAAAACCCAGUGCAGCCCUGGGAUAUUUGGAAGGCUAUUGCAUACUUUUUGAUUGUAUUAGAAGCAUGAACACUGCAAUGAGAAGGGAGUCGAAAUAUAACCUAGUUUGCUGCAUGGAUUUUUGUAUUUAAUCCACCCCACCCUCUGUGUUGCAAAACAUGGAGGUUGUGGCAUCAAAAAUAUCACUUAACGAGGUAUUGGCCAAGGUACUGAUAGCCAUAACCAUCUCCACAGGUAGCUGUGUUAACCAAUAAGGAUUCUGUAAGUGUCCCAUCUCUCCUUGAGGAAGAAUCUGGAGGUCUUUUGAAAGAGAAUAGUUAUACAGUCCUCCACAGCGAAUGCUGGCCAGUUACAAGAUGCCAGAUGCCAAAUAUGCCCAUGAAUGCUGCAGAUUUUCUUCAGUAAUUAAAUCAUUGGGGUUUUUGUUAUGUUUUGGGGGUUUUUUUUAGCAGAAAUGCAGCCCACAACUUUAGUCAGAUCCCCCCAAUGUUGUUUCUGACUUUCUAAUUCAGGUUUCUCUGGGAUAUGCAGCUGAGUAUUGUCACACAAAGGGUACUCACCUUCUAGCACAGUAAAGAAAGAGGCUGCAGAUUUGUCCAAAGACCCCAUAAAGCUAUGUUUUCUUAAAGGUGCUCUCAUGGGAUUCUGGGAAGCAGGGCACUGCUAGACUCUCCUCAGUGCUAUAUCAGAGAUCUGUGGUGACUCAGGCACUGCCUCCCUAAAAAGGACCCUUUCAAAAAAGCCUCCCAAUCAGGCAGCCAAUCACUCUGCUUCCUCCUAGCACUUCUGCAGUGGCACAUUUUGGUUUUGUCCAGAUCUACUGGGAGAUGGAAACUUUCUCUUUUCUGGUGCUCUUCUCCUCACUGCUUUUUGGGACCUGUCAUCUCAGAUGAAUGGGUCCCUUCUCCAAGACCACCCUCUGAUGUGUUGACCUGUGGUGUACCCAGCCCCUGGGGAGAUAACAUGCCGCUUCCAGGCAUCAUGAAACAUGUUUGGUACCCACCCUGGACUUAAUUUCAUAUACAGAAUGUACCUCUGGUUGGCACCUUGGCAGAAAUUAUCAUGGCCCUUUGUGUGGGAAAAGUGGCUUGCAUUCCUCUACCUCGAGGGUGCCUAUUUUGAUGCAUUACCCCAUUGUGCAUCUCACAGAAAGCCUGCCAAGCUGUGCACACCAGCUCUUUCUGCCUCAGGGUUCUGCAGCUUGACCUCUCUGCAGCAACAAGGUGUUGACUUGGGAACCACUGCAUCUGUCCCAAGUGCCCAGAGAAGGGCAGCUCCACUACUUCCUCUCUGCAGCUGAGCUUAGAUUUCUUUUAGUUCCCUAAACUUCCCAGUCAGUGCCAGAAGUCUUGCAGUUAAUCCCAGUCCCUGUUGCCUGUGCAGGCGCCUGUUGGGUACCAACCUGCCCAGCAGCUCUUGCUCACACCACAUCCUUGCCAGACCUUCCCUUCUGUUUCCCCAGGUGUGGCUGCUUUUUGUUUACAGUUCCUUGCCAUGAAGUUAUUAGUUAUCUCCCAUUAGUAAGGAACUUGGUUUUGCCUGCUAUGUUUGCUUUAGCACUGGACAAACAGCAAUCAGGAUGUUUUACAUGAGGUCCUUCUGGCAAGCACUCUAUCUCAGGAACGCCCAGACAAGCUGAUAACUCAGUCUUCAAGUCAUGGCAUGGUUUCCUAGAUCAGCUGAAGUCUGAAAAUAAAUUCUAGAGCACCUGAGAAAGUCAGCAUAAAGUGGAAGAUUGUGACUACUUUCAGAUUUGAUGGUGCAAGGACCAAAACAUGAAAGUGGAAUCAUUCAGAGAAAAACACGGUAUUACGGAAAUCUGGAAAUGCAGUGGAAAAUUCCUUCAGCAAGCCUAACUCAAUGAUACUGCAGAACAGUGUUUUCUAUUCCUAUUUUUCUUGGUGAAUGUAGUUUGCAUCCAUAAGACAUGCCAAGAGAGACAAGAAGAGCAAUGUAUUAAGGUUGUGCACAAGACGACUGCUGCGGUGAAGUCUGGAACCUGGCUGAAGCUACUAAUGCCUAACAUGGACAAAGGAGCAUUUAGUGAGCUGGGCUUCUACGUCCCUGCCCUUGGCUACUCCUGUUGCAGCCUGCCCCUCAUUCCCCAUGGCUCUGCCAGGGUCCCACACAUCCCUGUCAGCCUCUCUGCCCAGGGGACCCACGUGGGCAGUUCUGAGAAGAUGUCCCUGUGCUGAUCUCUCUCUGGUCACUGUUAUCUCUGCCUCUGGGUCUCAUUCUGGGAGAUGACGAAAAUGCUAUUCGAGGGAGUCAGCAUUUAAAAUGGGUCGUUAGAGAGAAACGUCACAGUGUCUUUGCUAAAGAUAGCCUGGUGCUGAGUAAAACAGUGCCUCUAAAACCUUCCUUUUACAACACGCUCACUCAGCAUAAUAACCCCUCGGCCUCAAACACCCCUCCCCAGUGCCAGGCAGCUCCUGUCAUUUUCCUGGGCUGUCCAUCAGUCUCUUGUGACCACCUCUUGGGAAGCUGUAGCAGGAUGGGACUACGUCCUCUGCUUUGCUGAGUCUUACAAGAGAUAAGCAUUUCCUAGAGCAUGAAUUCAUUUAAAAGUGGUUUUGAGGGCUAAAGUGGAAUAGUGCCAGGGUGACAAGGCUACAAGAGCAGAGAGAGUUGAGAUGGAGGGAGAGAGCAAUGAGCUCAGUGUACCCCUCAAGUGAAGCCAGGAGAGGGGGAGCAGAUGAUGCUGGACUGCAGCAAUGUGUCUCUCCAUCACGGUUCCAACUCCCUUCUCUCUCUCUCACCUUCACCCACACACUCACACCAUUCUUGCACUGCUGAUUCAAGGGAAAGAAGCGGUUGAUGCUUUCUGCUUGAACUGGUCACCACAAACUGUUUUUCUUGAACAGUAGGAAAAAAACACCUCCUGACAACUGUCGCAAGUUCAACCCUAUCUUUGCUCCUCUCUUUCUCUCUCAUGCGAUCCUAUGGACUGUGUUACACAAGAGGGCAUGUGGGACCACUGCAAAGCAGUCCCUCGGGGACAUGGAGGCACAUGAGGUUCCACCUGUACACCAAUCCCACUCCUCAGGAGGCUGGAGAGCCAUGUGUGAUGAAAGAGAUGAGACCUGUCACUGCAAUAGGGGUCUGCUGAAGCGAGGCAUAGCACUGGCCCUCUUUUAUCCUCCACCUUCACCACCCAGCUGAGGAAAACCAGAGAGCAAGCAAGGAUCCUUCCACAGUUGAAAAGUGGCCACUAUGAGUCACCUCCCCUCCCCCAGCCUGAGGAAAAGCCCCAACACUUGGGGGAUGAGCCACCGAGGGGCUUGGGUGUCUGACACAUGUCACGAAGGGCUGAUUAAGUCCGAAAGAGUCAGAGCAGUGGGCUGCUGGAAAGUGUGAACCACAACAGUGGGGGUUCUCUGAUACAAAAUGGGUCCUAGGAUGAGGCACAUGGAUGGAAAUGUAUUGCCCUAUGUAAAGGUCAGCAGCUUAAUGGGAGCUAGGUUGAGCCCCCUCUGUGCAUGAGCUUGAGUGGGUUUUCCCAGAACUGCUGGAGGAGGAGGGUCCCUUCCUCACACUCCUCGUCGUCCCACAGUAUUCAGCCCCUCUUUUCGGUUCUGAUUCCUUCUUCUGGAUGCUCCUCUCUAUCUCCUUGGACCACUCGGGCUUUGUCCCAUAUUGGCCCUGGACUCUAGAUUGAUGAGUCACAUGUGCCCUACUUGGAGCUCACCACAGACCAUUUCCUCAUGCUGCCUGUGAACUGACCAAUGAGGAAAAGCCAGGAAAUUAGCUCAUUUGGAGGAUUAAAGAAGGAAAGAAAAAGAAAAUGAAGGAAAAAAAAAAAACCCAAGAAGAAAGAACAGCAGAAAUAAAGACCAACAUGUUCUGAAAAGCCCUCAAACAAUUAGAGGGAAGCUGCAAGAGGCGGAAAGAUCAAACCAAAAAAGGUAAGAGAUGAAAGAAAAACAUGAAGGGCACUUGCUGGGAAGUGUCUUCUACACUUUUUCCACUGGCUAUGUAGAAGCGAAAUUUGUAAGAAAAACAACAGCGACUCAAAGAAUUUCCACUAAAAGAUGCUUACAGCUGUGUCUCUGGUCCCUCCCUCCUCUGCUCUCACGUGCCUCAGGCUUAUACUGGUUUCUUGGUGGUGACGCAUCUUCUUAGUGAUAUGAGGAAAUUUGCUGCCCACCUGCAAUAUAAGGGCAUUUAGGGAAAUGCUUUGAUCAGAGAGAGAGAGACGGCAUGAGAGCAAGCACAUCCCACUGACCCCUCUUUGCUUACCCACCAACUUCUAGCACCUUCUUUGCCCAUGCCUCAUUUUUACUGAUCUCUUCAAGCUUUGGACCUUGUCAAGCACGGACCCAAGUAGGAGGCAGCCCCUCGCCUUUCCUGGAUGCCACCAUGAGGCUGAUGUCCCUGGUGCUGUUCCUCACCUUUGCCCUGCUGGCUUUCAGUGCUGGUCACAUCCCAGCAGGAUUAGCGGAGGGGGAAAGCAGGGAGCAGAAAAUGUGGGUCAGAGAGGGGAGUUCAGCUGUGCUGCCCUGCCACUUGAGCCCCAGAAAAAUGAGAAAGAGCUUGAAGCAGCUGCCUGACAAGAUAUCUGUGCAGUGGAAGAGGCAUGGGGGAAGUGUCCACCAGGAGUCACAUGGGGUACUGGAGGUGGGGUACUCGGGCCUCCAGAAGACGGCACUGCUCAUGAAGCCUCGGGUGUCACUCCAGGACUCUGCCUUACACAAUGGCAAUUUCUCCCUGCGGAUUGACCCCGUCAGGAGCGAGGAUGCUGGGCUGUAUGAGGCACGGGUGGAAUACAACUCGGAGGUCCAUAGCUGCCAUGUGGAGCUGGGGGUAAUUACAGUAACCCUCAGUCCACCCAAUCCUGUGGAAGAAAAUAAGCUGCUCUUGAUGAGCUGCAACUCCAGCUACCGGGGCAGCCUUGUGGAGAUAUGUUGGUUCCAUAACGGGCACCUGGGCCCCACCUCCAGGACCUUCUGCUCUUUGUCUGGGGCUCUCUCCAUCCUGCGGCCAGCCAUGAGUGAUGCAGGCUCCUGGCGCUGCCAGCUUCGAUACUCCGAUAACGAGAUAAUUUCUGCCACGUACGACCUGCAAAUUCUAGGUUUUGAUGGCCCAACCAACCCUGUGGUCUAUGCUGCAGCUGGCUCUGCAGCCCAUCUACCAUGCAGCCUGAGCUACCUUCCCAGUUCCUUUCAGAUGAACAUGGUGACAGCCCACUGGAGCCAUCUUGCAGGAGGACACUUGCAAGACUGGGACAUCUUCCCAAAUCUGAGUAACAGAAGCUUCCCCCUGCAUCUCCCUGUCGUGGGGCCGGGUGAUGCAGGGCAGUACCGCUGUGCUGUCUCUGUGGGCCACAAAACAAUCAGCAGGGAGGUGACCUUGGCAGUGGUUACAGUGACUCCAAGCAUCCAAGGACCAGUUUCUGAGGGUAGUCGUUUGCUGCUCAUCUGCAGCCUCACACACUCCCGGGGACAUGAACGUUUCCAGUGGAAGCACCUUGACUCAGUCCCCACUAAGAGCAAGCUGGCUGUGGCCACCCCCCAAAACCUGGAGGGCAGCAGCGCCCAGAUGGGACCCAUCUUGAAAAUACCCAAAGUGUCACAAAAGGAUACGGGCACAUGGGAAUGCAGUGUAUAUGGCCCAGAAGGCCAACUGGGAAGAGUGGAGUACGAGCUGCAGAUCACAAGUGCCCAGGUCUCCAGCCCUCCUGCUCUCUUCAGUGGGCAAGUUACUUUUGGGCUCACACUCACCCUCUUCCUUCUGCUUGCUGUCUGUGUUGUGGCUCUGGCCCUACAGAAAAGGGCACAGACUCCUGCCUUCUCAGCACUGGAAGGGAUGAUUGGAGUCCCUGGGCCGUGGAAGUCGAUGAAGGAAAACCAGAAAGGGAAGAUCCAACAAACUGAGUGCUGACAGGAGCAGGGACACCAGGGCUAGUCUGCAUGGGAGGAUGAAAAUCUGUGUGCCGUGCUGCAGAGAGAUGGGUGCCAUGCAGACCUGUCAGGGGGGUCUAGGGAUGGCAUGAACAAUGCAGAAGGUAUUGGGAGCUCUGUAUCUGCAGAGGGGCUGGGAGCUGCCUACCAGGGCAAGGCAAGCCUCACUGCUGCAGUAAGGUGGCCAGCAGCACAGAUGCUUUGGAGCUAUUGGGAGUGUUUGAGCCAGUAGUUAUUGCCUGCUUCAGUGCCAAAUCUCUGCCUACUCUUUGUCCCUUUUUUGUGGCUCCUCUCACAACCUUUCUCUGGUGGAACACCAGGAUGCAGGAGAUGGCUGGAAUCUGUCUUUCCUGCAGCCUGAUGGUGUUUUCUGCCCCCCUUGCUUGCUUUCUUCUCUCUCUGCCUGCACUGCCCUGAUCACUGCCCUGUUGCAUAUUUUGAGCAUUUUAACUUAUUAGAAACUCAUUUUAGAACUGAAAAUAAAUCUAUGUGACAAAAAAGCCUGCUGGUCCC